GAACAACCAUCCGCGCUCACACUCACACCUCGGGUCAAUUUAUAGUGUUCCACUAACCUGCCAUGCAUGUUUUUGGAAUAUGGGAGGAACCCAGAGUGCCUGGACAAAACGCACGCUGGCACGGGGAGAACAUGCAAACUCCACACAGGAAGACCAGUGCUGGAAUCAAGCCCUACACCUCUGCACUGUGAGGCAGAUGUGCUAACCAAUUGCCCACCAUUUUCUGAACAACCAGUAGACUGAAGAAUACUGACUUAGACAAAGGCCAGCUUUCUGAUUUCUAUUUGAAGCUGCCUGUAAAAAGCACUUGCCCCCACACCUCCUUCGUUAAAACAUGAAUUAACUGUGGCUAAUCACGGUUGUUCAAGAGUUUUUCACCGACCACGCCCAAACGGGAUUACCUCCCGAUCUGUUCACUCAGUAAAUCAAUUACAUUGAACUUGUCUGACAAAACGACAUUUGCCAAAGGAUCUCAAAUAGCUGCAACAAAAUACCACAAUCCAAACAAAUUCCAAAACCAAUCGUUAAUUACACCAGUCAGUCUCGAAAGGAGAACAAAGCCAUUCCUAAAACUUCAGGACUCCAGCAAACCACAGUGAAAGCCAUUAUCCACAGAGAGAGAAACAUGGCUCAGUGGUGAAUCUUCCCUUGAGUGGGAGGAUUUCAAAGGUUACCCCAAGAGCACAGCGAUGACUCAUUCAGGAGGUCACAACGGAAUUCAGAACAUCUAUAGAACAGCAGGCCUCCAUUGUCCUUGAGUGUUUUGAAAGGCGCUUAUAAAUAAAAUGUGUUAUUAUUAUUAUUAUUAUUAUUAUUAUUAUUAUUGACUCAGUCAAUGUCAGUGUUCAUGACUCAAUUAGGAAGAGACUGGGUGAAAAUGGCAUCCAUGGCAGUCCCAAGGCGAGAAACACCGCUGAUGACUAAUAACAUAAAAGCGUGUCUUAAUUAUGCAAUUUUUUUUAACCUGAUUUCAUGGUCUUUUUGGAAGGGCUGUGUCGUGUUACAUCUAGUUUAGUGUGACACAGAAUUACUAAUCAAGAACAUCAUACGCAUAGUCCAACAUGGUUGUAGUGCGAUAGUCUCGGGCUGCUUUGCUCAUUCAGGACCUAGAUGACUUCUGAACCAUUAAUUCUCCUCUUUACCAGAAACUCCUGAAGAAGAAUGUUCAGCCAUCAGUUUGCGACAUCAAGCUGAAGCGCAUUUGUAUUCUGCAGCAGGACACAGCCAAAACAUGCCAGCUAGUCAACUUCUGAAUAGAAAAACAAAACAUGAUGGUUCUGUAGUGGCCUAGUCAAUGUCGAGACUUGAACACAACCAGUUAUUAGGUUUAGGUUGCAAAUACUUUUCCACACAGAGGCGGGUAGCUCUGACGUACCUCCCCAAAAUACAUUGACCCGAUAAAAACUGAAUUUUAUGUUUACAGCACAUGGGUUAUCUGCCAUUUUAAUUGGUCUGAUCUUUAACAUUACAUUGGGUAAAACUGCAUGAAAAAGGAAUUGGAGAGCAAAUAGUUUUUACUGCAGUCUAAAUGUUGUGAGACAAAUUUCUCUGUCCACGAUAAUUUUGCAAGUGAUCUGCAAACAAAAAAAUACUGAUUACAACGAAAGAAAAACAAUACCAUCUUGUGUGUCACUUCCCUCACAGACCUCACAGCAGAGUUGCUGCUGCUAAUCAUGGUACUCAGUACUUCUUUGAGUUUCCAUAGCUGGCCUCUGACGUGUGCAAUGUUGGGAUGAUGUCAAGACUGUUGACGCAGGACUCCCCAUUACUCAUGCACAUCCUGUGGCAAAAAAAGACUUAAAAGCUGUGCCAGUUGACCUCCAGUUGUAAAACCACAGUGGCCUCUCCCGCUGAUAUGUGUGAGGGCCCACUCAGUGUGACUUCUCUUUCAUGAUAUCCUGUGACCCUCUCGUCCUCUCCUUCUUUCCUCUUUGUAUCUCUCCUCUCUGUCUGCCGGCCUUCAAUGGAUUCCUUCACCCUAUCUGUCGAGGCCAUGUAUCAGCUAGCUCCCGAUGAGAAGCGGAGGGACUGCGGAUUGAAUGUUUUAGACACUUACUUCAAUAAUGGGUCGGCAGCCCAUCUGCCAGGCAUACCCCAAGACGUGGUUGCUGGCUGCCGGGAGCGACUUGAACAGAGUCCUUGUAAGGAGCUCUUCAAUGACUGCACCAAAAUAGUUCGUGAUUAUCUAAGUGGCGCACCAUUUUCCUCCUACCAGGAGUCUAUGUACUUCUCUCGCUUCCUGCAGUGGAAAUGGUUGGAGAGGCAACCAGUAACCAAAAAUACCUUCAGACAUUACAGAGUACUAGGAAAAGGUGGAUUUGGUGAGGUUUGUGCCUGCCAAGUACGUGCCACCGGUAAGAUGUACGCCUGUAAAAAGCUGGAAAAGAAACGAGUGAAGAAAAGAAAAGGUGAAGCAAUGGCACUAAACGAAAAACGAAUUUUAGAAAAAGUUAACAGUAGUUUUGUAGUUAGUUUAGCAUAUGCCUAUGAGACCAAGGAUGCCCUGUGCCUGGUGUUGACGAUAAUGAAUGGUGGUGACUUAAAAUUCCACAUCUACAACAUGGGCAAUUCUGGCUUUGAUGAGCAGAGAGCCAUCUUUUACGCUGCUGAGAUCUGCUGUGGCCUUGAGGACCUGCACCGUGAGAGAAUAGUCUACAGGGAUUUAAAACCUGAAAACAUCCUUUUGGAUGAUCGUGGGCACAUCCGCAUUUCAGACUUGGGUCUUGCUGUGCAAAUUCCUGAAGGAGAGACGAUAAGAGGAAGAGUAGGCACUGUUGGAUACAUGGCUCCCGAGGUAAUCCAGAAUGAGAGUUACACCGUUAGUCCAGACUGGUGGGGCCUAGGCUGUCUUAUCUUUGAGAUGAUUCAAGGCCAGUCACCCUUUCGCAAGCGCAAGGAACGUGUCAAGCGGGAGGAGGUGGACAGACGAGUGCGUGAGGAUCCGGAGGAGUACUCGGAUAAAUUCUCUGAAGAAGCAAAAGAUAUCUGCCGCCAGCUCCUGGCUAAAGAUCCUAAAAAUCGUCUCGGUUGUCAGGGUCGCGGCGCCAUAGAGGUCAAGCAGCACUCGAUCUUCAGGAACAUCAACUUCAAACGAUUGGAGGCGAACAUACUAGAACCUCCUUUCAGCCCAGAUCCUCGGGCUGUGUACUGCAAAGAUGUCCUUGAUAUCGAGCAGUUCUCCACUGUCAAAGGUGUGAACCUUGACCCCACCGAUGACGACUUCUACCACAAGUUUGUCACAGGAAGUGUCUCCAUCCCGUGGCAGAAUGAGAUGAUUGAAAUGGAGUGCUUCAAAGAAAUCAAUGUCUAUGAGACUGAUGGGACAUUAUGUCCAGACCUGGACAUGAACCGGCCGAACCCUCCACCAAAGAGAGGCUUCUUCUACCGCCUGUUUAGAAGAGAGGUCUGUUUUAAGGGUGGUUACAGUGACGAUGAGUUUGAGGAGCCCUCGCGACUUUAAACCACUCCCUUUGCACCACCCCCUCUCCCCCCAAAACACCCCCGACCCCCUGACACCACCCCUCUCACUUUGCCGCUGAUCUUCACCGUAAACUCCAGCCGAUUGCAAA